AUGGCGCCUCCAAAGAUCAAGACGGGGGACGUUACCGUUAACGAUGCGCUGGAUCUAAUCGAUGGGGGCAACCUCAGAGAGCGUUCCUCGGGUUUGGAUGACCUGAUCUAUCUCCUGGACAAAAAGGGCAAAUCGAUUCUCUUCAAAUGCGCCAUCAGCGAGAAGAAGACCUACGCCGGGGGCAAGCGGACAACGGCUGCAGGAGCGGGAGGCAGAUUGGGCAAAUGCGCCGAGGCCCUUCGGCUUGCCGUCGGCCACGGAGCUUCUGCCAGCAAGCUCAAGAGAAAGACGAUGCUUGCUCUCAUCGACCACGUCACCCAGGCUCUACCCUGCCCACCUGGAUCCGGGGACGGGCCGUACGUGGAGCCACUGUUGAAAGACUAUGUCAGAUCCAUCCUCGCCCUGCUCUCCCAUCAGGCGAAUGUCGAGCAGCUUGCUACACUGGAUGCGACCGGAUGGAAGAGCUGUGUCGAUUUCUGCGUCGAUGCCGUGCGGGUUUAUCUCGAUCAUGCUGACAGAGACUCCGGCUCACGGGGAUCUCCAGCACCGGGCACGGCGUCUUUGGGAUUCUCUACUGGAAGAAGCACCAAUGCUAGCCAGAGGGUGACGGGUCAAAUCCAUCGCGGUACCGUACAGGACCUCGUUCAUUGCAUCCACCUCCUCGUCUGCCCGCCAAACGCGCCGCUUCACGAAAGAUCCAUUGAUCUAUCUGAGACGAUCAUCCAGGUACUACAGCUACGCCACCUUGGGUUGAGCCAAGUGAUUCAGCUGAGCUUUGCUUCAAUCACCAAAGUCUUUCUCGAGAUUCAAGCAAACGACAUCUCUCGGUCUGCCAGCUUGGCCAGAGACCUUGUGCCAUUGAUCAGUCAUUGGUGGCAGGCGCGAACAGCAUCUCAAGAUGGGAUGCUCAAUUCAAUCCGGGACGAGAUGCUGAAAACCAUGUUGAUCAUCCACCUCCAUCUUGAGCGUCUUGUAUGUCUCGAGGGUGACGAUACAGCCCGCAAAGAGAUAAUAGCACUCGCCGAUUCUCUAUGGCUGGAAUACUCGCGGCGAACCAAACAUUCUCAGCUUCAACUCGACGAUCUCACAUUCGCCCCCCAGAGGUUGCCCGAGGACUACUUCACGCUAGAGCUCUUCGGCCUUCGUAUACACAACCGGGAGGGAGAGCGAGGAUGGGUUUUGUGUCAAAACCUCGCCAUCUUGGAGCGAAUCAUUUGGAAGAGCCGCAACAAGGAUAUAUCACAGUCCCCAGAGGAGCAACCGCGGAAAAAGCGCAAGACACACGCUGCAGCGACGCGUUUGCAGGAAAAGCUGCAGUCGCCCAACUCGGUAGCACGGAUACUCGCCUUGCAGCUCGUGCCUUUCCUUCUUCAAUUAAACACUUUCUCUGUGGCUGAAGUGUCGGAUCUUGUUAUUGAUCUCGCUGGCCUUGCUGGCGAUAAGGACUCCACGGUAGUGUCCUGGGCUAUGCUCGCUUGCUCCAGCUCCGCAAUAUCACAGGUCAAGUCGGCCGAUAAUUCAGACUCAUGGAGACAGCUAUGGCAAGUAGCUUCUCGAGCAGUCGGUCUUCCUAAUACCAGUCGUGCCGCCAGCGUACUCUUGCACACUGUCCUUGAUAGAAACCUUGUACUUUACCACGAUGUUUCCGAUGCCAUCAACAGCAUUGUCACGACUGCCGACACCAACGGCCCAGCCCUCUUGGUGGACUCUUCCAUUACCCUCAUGUUUCAUUUACGGUCUCUCAGAAACGUCAAGCUGCCCAACGCAAGCCAGUCCACAAAUCAUCACGUUAUUCGAUGGAUAUUCCAGAGAUGGAAUCCAGCCGACUGGAGCUAUGCUCGCGACUGCUCUAUCCACGCUCCGAUUGAUGAACUUGCCAACCUGAUCCGGGCUUGCUGUGGCGCAAGGGUUUUGACACCGACACCUUUGACAGUGACCGGAGGGUCCAUUUGCGAGGUGUGGAAGACACAGUACCACACAGCAGUCCUAACACGAUAUCUCCUGCUGCUGGAUGCACCACCAGCAUCGAAGCCACGUACCCUCCUGGGCUGUCGUUCAAGCACUUCGGAAUCAGUCCAGGCCAACGAUGCCUCUUUUCAUGCUUCGAAGAGACUAGUAUUGGAGCUCCUAUUUCCAAAGGUUGAGGAGUUGCAGGACCUCUGUGACUCGUGGGCGAGAAAGGGGUCAGAGGGGGGCGCUCCCAUGUCUUCAGACCGACUUCACAGUCUCUUCUCUGCGAAUAUCACAGGUAUCCUCCUUGCCAGCCAGCUUGUCGACUUGAACUCGGGUCAGUCACGAGAUAUCGAAAGUCUGCUGGCCAAGCUUUCCGAGGCCAGCAUAAGUGCUGCUUCGAACUCGAGUGACAACACAAGUUUCGAGCUUCUGUUGAGAACAAUACGACCGGUGCUUCCGUCACUUAACACAGCGGGCAUCAACAGCCUUGAAGAAGAUGCCCCACUGUUGAGGUUGAUCUCGACACUGACAGCAACCGUGGAAGAGAGAUCCUUGCGGCAAUCCUCGGGACAGGACCAAGAUCUUAUGGAUGUGGACGAUGAUUUCGACUCACAGGAGAGCAGCGUCAGCGUUACGCUAUCCGAAGUCUCCCGCUCGAACAUAUCCAUAAGUCUGAAUGGGGAAGCAUUCAUACAUGAAACUAUCCAACGUCUAUACCAUUGUGCAUCGAUACAUAAAGACAAUGGGAAGGCAUUCAUGGAACAGCUUCUGUCGCUCCCUGACAAGGAGUUCAUGUUGUGUAGCACCUUCACAUCAGAGCUCUUCGAGUCUGACUUGCCGAUCAGUGAAGAAGAUGCGAUCGGUGUCGUUGAAAGAACAGGCGACAUCAUGGGUGAGCCCGAAUACUCUUGUUGCGAAGUAGCGCACUCGACCAGCUUGAGGAUUCUGCAAAGCCUCAUGCCGGUCUAUAAGGACGACCAACAGCCCGUGGCCAAAAUGUUCGGCGACUUGUACCAUCACUUUGUCAGCAAAUAUCUGCCCAAUAACCUCCUUUCCCCAUUGUCGCAGAUGUCUCUCUCGAGCUUGCUGCUUGCGCUUUUGAGGACCAACCCACAGUAUGGCAGCAAUCUCGGCUUAGACUCUUGUCGAACGACUUUACUGUCCAUCAUGCAAAGCGGCACGUUGCCCGUCAAGUUCUUCAUCGGGUCCGCUUUGCCGGACGUAUUCGGCUCCUACGUACUCAAGAUGCAUGACGAUAUCUUUCUUGACGUUCUGAACAGUCUUCCUACCAACUCCCAAGACCUCGAAGGCAUCGCGUUCCGCCUUUUUGUGCUGUCCCAGCUCGCAUGCCGCUGGCCAACCCUGCUCAGAAGAUGCACGUAUCACAUCUUCGAGACGCCGGGGAAUAUCAUGCAGUCCAGUCAGUAUGCCAAACGAUGCCUGGAAACGGUUUCGGAAGCCCUUUGUCUGUCGUCUUCUCAGGAGUUAUUCAGAAUAUUCAGCCCCCAGCUGCUAUACACAUGGCUUGCGUCCCCCGAAAACGACGAGAACGGCCCAGCCAUCAACAAAAUCGAGGACAUACCAUAUGAGAUUUUUGGCUUCCCAACUCUUGAUGGCCUUCUACAGGAAGCGCAGACCGAGACGACAGCGUUGCAGAUAAUGCGACGUCGCUACAAAGACGUCGAGUCUCUUUCCCAGCGCCUGGGUACCUCCCUGGUCGACAUGGUGACGCAAGGAUUCACAAAGAUCAUGGCAUACACGAUCGCACAUGAGCUCAGCACGCCCACCUCUAAAGGCGAAAAAGUCGAAACCGGCGAGACGUGGGUGCGGACGCUUUUGGGUAACGAACCAUUCCUCGAUCAAAUUUAUUUGAAUUUUGCCGACAUUGUCGCCCUGUUGCUGGAUCUUUUCGACCAAGAAGACCCCAUCGAGAAGCAUCUCUCUAGAGACAAGAGCUUUGAAUACGCCUGUGAGGCACUGGACGAGAUGAAGCAUUUCUCUCAGUCGACAACCGCCCUACCGCCUAAUCAACAACCCAUGUUCAGGGCCAAAUACCUCACCAGAGAGCUGUUUCAUGUGUGUCGCCUUACGGAGUACGAGCUACAAGAGCUAUGGACACCGGCUUUGGUCGUCUCGGUCGCCCGGAGAAUUUUCAAUACUGUCCACCCUGCCUUGGGCUCGUUUCACGCCUGCUCCGUGCUGCGCAAGGUCAGAGUUUUGAUUGCUCUUGCCGGCCCUGGUGCGUUGGAAGCUUAUCCUCUGGAAAUGCUACUUUCGUCCGUCCGGCCGUUCAUUGUGGACUCGGAAUGUGCCGACGAUGCACUUGGUGUGAGUCGGUAUCUCAUCACGAAAGGGGCUUACCAUCUCGAGCAAACCCCGACCUUUCUCGCUGGUUACGCCUUGUCUACUCUAGCAUCUCUCAGAGUUUUCCUCGAGUCCACUCAGUCAAGUACAACCCAAGAAAGUCAAUUCAAGGCGACCAUGAGCAAAGCCCAGACUUUCCACUCAUGGUUUAGUUCCUAUCUCACUGGCUACGACUCGAACAAUUUUGCCGAUGAGCAGCAACGGGAGGCAUUCCGACUGAUUACCCAGUCUGCAUCCAAAAUUCGAUCUUCAGGAAACGCCGAGAAGGGCACGCACGAGAGCACUCUGCUGAUGGAGAUUCUCAGGGAUGGCGAACGCGAGUCGAAGCUUCUGAACGAGGCAGCUCGUGAUCUAGCACUCGGUUUAUUGUGUGGAGAUUUCGCUGUGCCCACCACAGGUCGUCAAGAUGUGAUUUCCGACGACGACGAGGCCCUGCGGCACACCGGACUUGUGUGGAAGAGCUGCAAUGCGUUAGCUCUCAGUGACGAAUAUCUCGCCUGGGCAGGCCGCGUUAUGGGCAGAUCUUUCGCCGCUUCAGGAGAAAUUCAAGCCGAACUUCUGGAAGAGUCCGAGCUAUCAAAGUACAGCAGAAUUGCACCAGGAGCUAAUGACUCCGAGAAGGGACUGCUGAGUUUACUGCAACAACUUACUCAGAGCAAAGAAUCUGCCAUCGGAGGCUUGGCCGAAUCGGCUUUGAGGGCAGUCGUAUCAGAAGCAGCAGCGCAGGAGGACGGCGCGUUAGUCUCUGCCGCCCAGCAGACCUUGACAGAAUCCUUGUACUUGGCCUCCGCUUGGGCUCAAUAUCGCACGCCUCCUUCCGACUUUGUCCUGUCCCCGAUUGUUCCUGAUUCGCAGGUCUUCUUCCGGCAUCAUGUGGAGAGUUCUGAUUGGGUUCAACAGCUCGCUGUUUACCUUUCGCAGUCGGUUUCCGAGUACAUUGUCCUAAGCGCGCUGGUGCCAAUUCUCAAGAACGUCAAGGGUUUUGCCCAAGAUGCAUUUCCAUUCAUCGUCCACCUGGCCUUAUACAGUCAACUGGAUAAGCAACCCCACAUCAAGCGCAACUUGUCGGAAGCCGCCAAAGAGUGGCUGAAGAUCGAGGAUGAUGCUGCGCGGACGAACCAGAAGCAGCUGAUCAACACAAUACUAUACCUCAGAACACAGUCCAUUCCUCAGGAGACAUCCAUCGCAGACCGGGUAUUGUGGCUCGAUGUCGACUUCGCUGCCGCUGCCGCUGCCGCCUCGCGUUGCGGUAUGUAUAAGACCGCCUUGCUGUUCACGGAGGUUGCCGCCUCUCAGACAGUUCGCUCGUCUAGGCGAUCGUCUGCGAUCCGUGAGAACGAUUCCACUGAAGUCCUUCUUUCGAUUUUUGAGAACAUUGACGAUCCUGAUGCGUACUAUGGCCUCCCACAGUCCGCUGAUUUAUCAAGUGUAUUGGCUCGAUUGGACUACGAGAAGGACGGCUCCAAGACCUUGCUUUUCCGAGGAGCCCAGUACGACGAACACAUCCUGACAAGAGACCCCGCAUCACAGGUGGAUAGCCAAUGUCUUGUCAGAGCUCUCGGCACUUUGGGUCUGGCGGGUCUCUCUCAUUCCUUGUUACAGACGAAACAGAGCCACGACGGAGAUGAAGCAUCCUUGGAGGACACUUUCCAGACAGCACGCCGACUGGAGCUAUGGAAUCUCCCUGUCCCAUCAACCGCCGAAAAUUGUGCCGUAACCAUUUACAAGGCGUAUCAGAAUGUCCAACAAGCCACUGACACGCUUUCUGUGCGCAAUGCCAUCUGUGCCGGCUUCAGCCAGACCAUGCGCAGUCUUGUCAAUCGUGGCCUGAAUGCAGCCAGCCUUCGGCAGCAUCUCGGCGCUCUCGCAGUCUUGACCGAGCUUGAUGAUAUUGCCAACGUGGCUGACUUUUCUGAGCUGGAGAGCAUGCUUGGCAAGUUCGAACGACAUGGCCAGUGGAUGAGGCGCGGAAGGUACGAAGAUGUCAGCCACCUACUUUCUUGCAGACGGACAUCAUUGAGCUUGAUCAGACAGAAGCCCAAGCUUCGCGCCCAGGCCUUGACAACAGUCGAGGCCAGACAAAUCGAGAUCCGAUGCAUGCUGAUGUCCUCGGGGAUAUACCGCUUCCAUCAGGCAACGCAAGAGUGUCUGAAACUCGCCACGUCACUUGUCGGCUUGAUCGGUACAUGCGACGAGUUAGGCGUUAAGGUGGAUGCCGCCAUCAACAUUGAGACAGCCAACUCACUGUGGGACCACGGGGAAAUGAUCCCCUCCAUUCGCAUAUUGCAAAGUAUCGAUAGCGACUCGUCCCUCAAGAAGCAGACAAUUCCAGUGAGCCGCUCAGAUCUCCUGUCGAAAAUUGGCUACCAGGUGUCGGUAGCCAAAUUAGAGAACCCUCAUGACAUCCAGAAAAACUACCUCGAACCCGCUCUCAAAGAUCUCAAAGGGAACAGCCAGGGACAGCAAGCUGGACAUGUCUACCAUCAGUUCGCCAUGUUCUGUGACGAGCAGUUGCAAGACCAAGACAGUUUGAAGGAUCUUGCCAGGCUGCAGACCCUGCGGGAGGGCAAGAGUGACGAAGUCUCUCAACUUCAGGACCUCAUAUCGAGCACCCGCGAUCCCCAUCUCAAACAAAGAUACCAGGGUCACUUGAAUCGCGCUCGACUAUGGCUAGGACUGGACGAGCAGAAGCUCCGUCGCAUGGAGCAGACGAGAGGCGAAUUUGUGCGGCUCAGCCUGGAAAACUAUCUCCUUUCACUGACCGCCUCUGAUGAGCAUAAUAACGAUGCGUUACGUUUCACAGCUCUCUGGCUGGAGCGUUCCGAGGAGCCAGAGACCAACGAGGCCGUCAAGAAACACCUCGACAAGACGCCCACGAGAAAGUUUGCAACGCUGAUGAACCAGCUGUCUUCUAGACUACAGGAUCAGCCGAGCUCGCCUUUCCAGAAGCUCCUGAUUCAGCUCGUCUACAAAAUUUGUCUGCAGCAUCCAUACCAUGGCAUGUACCAGAUCUGGUCAGGCACAAAGGUGAAGACCCGCAAAGAGGAUCAAGUGGCAGUCCUAAGACUCAAAGCCACGGAGAAGGUGGCAUCGCUGCUGCAGUCUGCCAAGCCUGUCGCGGCAAUCUGGCAAGCGAUCGAUAGGACGAGCUCUUACUACCAUCGCCUGGCUGUCGACCGAGAUUCUAACAAGUUCAAGGCUGGACAAAAGAUGGCGCUCAAGGACGUUCACUCGGCCCAAUCGCUUCAAAAUGCGCUGGCCAAGUACAAGAUCCCGCCUCCGACCAUGCAGCUCGAGGUGUCAGCGACCAUGGACUACUCGAAUGUCCCCAUCAUCUCAAAGUUAGACCCGCAGAUGUCGAUUGCGUCUGGAGUCAGCGCGCCAAAGAUCAUUACGGCAGUCGGGAGUGAUGGCAAGAAAUACCGACAACUUGUCAAGGGCGGCAACGACGAUCUCCGUCAAGACGCCAUCAUGGAGCAGGUCUUUGCGGCCGUUUCGGAUCUUCUCAAACUGCAUCGCUCGGCACAGCAGAGAAACCUUGGGAUCCGCACGUACAAGGUCCUUCCUCUCACAUCGGCAUCUGGGCUGAUCGAGUUUGUCCCCAAUACCAUUCCAUUGCACGAUUUUCUUAUGCCAGCCCACGAGAGGUACUUUCCCAAGGACCUCAAAGGCUCUCAAUGCAGGAAAGACAUUUCGAAUGCGCAAGGCAAGACUGUCGAGCAUCGGAUUACCGCUUAUAGGAAGGUCAUAGACAAGUUCCAUCCCGUGAUGAAAUACUUCUUCAUGGAGAAUUUUGUCGAUCCUGACGAGUGGUUUGCCAAGCGCCUCGCAUACACGCGUACAACUGCAGCUAUUUCAAUGCUUGGCCACGUGCUCGGUCUCGGCGACAGGCACGGCCACAACAUUCUGCUAGAUAGCAAGACGGGGGAGGUCGUGCAUAUCGAUCUUGGUGUCGCAUUCGAGAUGGGUCGCAUCCUUCCCGUGCCAGAACUCGUCCCGUUCCGGCUGACACGAGACAUUGUGGACGGAAUGGGCAUCACUGGGACUGAGGGCGUCUUCCGGCGCUGCUGCGAGUUCACACUACACGCCUUGCGGGAGGAGACAUACUCGAUCAUGACGAUACUCGACGUCCUUCGUUACGAUCCUUUGUACUCAUGGUCCAUUUCUCCAGUCCGACUGGCAAAACUACAGAGAGAAGUACAAGGAGACGAUUACAACAGGGACGACGACGAAGGUGAUGAAGACGGUGGUGGUAAGGGUAAGAAGGGGCAGCAGGUCAACGAGCCGUCGGAGGCUAACCGGGCUUUGGAGGUGGUACGAGGGAAGCUGUCAACGACGUUGAGCGUAACAGCGACGGUCAACGACCUGAUUAACCAAGCGACUGACAUAAGUAAUCUUGCCGUCCUCUACUCGGGAUGGGCAGCGUAUGCAUAG